UGCUCCAUUACAGGAAGGAUGUGGAGGCUUUUGUGAGGGUGCAGAGGAGGAAUACUGGAACGCUGCCUGGGUCAGCGGGCAUUAGCAACAGGCGGAAGGUAGAGAAACGUGGAGCGCCGGAGGCUGAGGGGAGACCUGAUAAAACUGCUGCCCAGACCUUCCAUAGGAUGUCAGAGGCGAGUGAGCUGGUGGGGGGUGACGGCAAACCCCAGCGGCACAGUCACCGGCUGCUGGACCUGUGCGUGGUGGCUGGGCUGGGGCCCACCCGUCUGGAGAUGCUGCUGAAGGAUCUGCAGCAGAACGGUGAUGAUGCCGACACCGUCUCUCCGGAGGUGUUGUCCGUCCACGCCCCGCCGUUCAUCAGCCCGCAGUCGGCACGGGCCGGGGCGGAGGAGAGCAGCGCCCCACCGGGAUUUUGCCGCAGCAACGCCCAGCCGCCCAGCGAGGCAAUGGCCACACGCAAGGGGGUCGACCUGUGUGGGAUCCCAGAGCUGUGCUUCCCAGACGGGUUCCAUCUGGACACGGAGGGGAAGCCAGAUUCCUUCCACUUCCUGGUGCUGACGGAUAUCCAUGGCAACCGGGAGCAGGGGGUGGUGCUGCGGGUGUACCGGGAGCUGCAGGUGCCCCAGGACACUGAGCCAGUGGGUGCGUACCCCCGCCCACGUGCCCCCGUUGCCAUCUGCCUGAUCAGCAAGUUCCCCUACUACAGCGCGCUGAAGGAUUGCCUCUCCUGCGUGCUGCCUGAGCUCCGUGCCUGCGGCCAGCAGGAGUUUGAGAGGAAGGUGAGGGUGUUAGCUGCCCAGCUCACCCUGGUACCCUGCCCUCCGCCCGGCAGCCUCCAACUGUGCUUUGAACUGGGCCCCAUCAUCGUGGUGCUGCCCCCGCCCGAGGAUGUGGACACGCCCCCCAUUGACAUCAGCCUCCACCUCCCCCUGCUCUGCUUCAGCCCCAGCACUGUCCUGCAGAUCGUGACGUGUUUGCUGACGGAGCGACGCCUGGUGUUCGUGUCUCGGGAUUGGCCGCUGCUCACGCUGAUGACCGAGUGCUUCGUCUACUACCUGCGGCCGUUGCCAUGGCGACAUCCCUACAUCCCGGUGCUGGCCAGCUCCAUGCUCGACAUGCUCAUGGCCCCCACCGUCUUCCUCAUGGGCUGCCACUCCAGGCACAUCCGCACCGUCAUCGAGCUGGAGGAGUUGGUGCUGGUGGACAUAGACACGGGGACGGUGGUCUUUCCCCAGAACCCGGAGUUCCACGCCCCCCCUCUGCCCACCGCCAUCACAGAGGAGUUCAUCACCAGUGUCCGGAGGUUGCGGCUGCACCCUGAGCUGGCGUCGGCAUCACUGCCCAUCUGCACAGGUCUGGCUGCCGUCCGGCAAAGAGACCUCCAUCGGCGGCAACAGAUCAACAGCCACGUCCAACGCAUCUUCCUGCAGCUCAUCGGCAGCCUGCUGAGAGACGUCACCAAGUAUCUGAACCUCAAGCACCGGGUGUUUAUCAAGAAAGACUUCCUGGACUCACGCGAGCCCGCCUCACAGCCCUUCUACAUCAGUCACCUGCGGACUGACCUCUUCCACUGCUUCCUCAAGGCCCGGCUCAACGACAGGGUGGACGCCUUCAGCCGCUGGGAGAUGGCCACUCGUCCGCAGACCCCCAGGUUGAACGCCGAGCUAUCUCCUACCGGCCACUCCUCUCCAUUCACCAGCGACGCUGCCCGCACCAUCGAUGACCACAUGUCCCAGGAGCCCAGCCUGGCCACAUCACUCACCUCUCACCCCCCCGCUGACCCCGGCAACACAGGAGUACGUGUGCGCCCCACCGUUGUGCCGCGCUGCCUGUACCUGCCCCCACUACCCAGCGCCCCUCUGGAUGAUCUGAGCGUGUCUCUGUUCUACACCAAACUGGUGGUGGACAUCACACGGGAGCUGGAGGGGGUGGGUGGUGAUGAUGGGGGUGUACGGGCAGUUUGCCUGUACCUGCGGGGGGUAGUGCGGUUGUGCCAGGGGCAGCCCGUGCCCGCCCUGCUGGACUUCCAGAGCCUGGAGAAGAUCGACAUGGACUUCUUCCCGCUGGAGCUGGUGCGGCAGACGCUGGAAUCUAUGAGCACUGAGCAGCUGCGGGCCUUGCAGGAGACAGAGGGGCUGAAGGGCCUGCUGCACGGCGUGCUGGAGAAGCACUGGGACCGCGCGCGGCCCGAACACAGCGUACGAGACCUGGAGCUGCCCGUCUGGCCCCUCGACCGCCAGCAGUUCACCGCCCUGGCACAGGCGGCUGGCCUGGUCAGCACCACAAUCACAGCAGACUGCCUCUUCGAUAUCCUUGCCGCCGGUGAGUCCCAACCCCCCUCACCCCUACACACUGAAUGGAGCAGCAAAGACCAGCCGAGUCUGCAGCUCGCCAAGGAACGCCAGUUAGUCAAGAUAGCUGGGCUGGAGAGGAGCUGA